AUGCCUCUCAUCAACGAAUGGCACGCGUCCCUUCCCUACAUCGACGGCGAACCUGACGCCCAAGCUCGCGCCAAAGCCGAGAACCUGAUAUCCACAGAACUGUCGCCCGAAAGCCGCUCGACACUUCAUCCUGAAAUUCCCGCGCUUUCCGAACCAAGUUUCACCCCUCUCGUCGAGCAGGAGCUCGCUCGCAAAGAAGCUGGUCUCCCGCUCACGGGUGGCAUUGAUCUGUCGCGCUACGAAGCUCCCGAAGCUCCCGAUGGCAAGGCCAAUAGCGAGGAGGAGGCAACCAAAGCUUUGAAACAGUGGCGGGAGGCUUUGGUCCAAGCCUACACUUCUAGCUCCCACCUGUCCAUGCGACAUGCCAACCUGUCUCUUCUUGAAGAGAAUGGCAAAAAUGCCUGGCUGAUUGGCAACUCUCAGUUAGAAGACAUCCUGCGCAAUGUCGAAAAGGAGUUGGCAGAUACAAAACAGACCGUGGAGAAUAUACACAAGGAACGCAAGUUUGCUCAAGAGUCCAGACACGGCGAGCUUACGAGCUUAGAAGAAACAUGGAAAAACGGAGUCGGCGCAACUCUGGACGUGGAAGUUGCUGCGGAGAAUCUGCGGCUGCAGAUUCUCGAGCAACGUCGUCAGCAGGCUCAGCAAGUCGCUCGGUAG